AUGGGCCAAAAGGGCCCGCCGUCUAUAUCAAACCCCUCGUCCCUCCGGGUUGUCGCAGGUCGACCAGGGAACAAUAGCGACAGCAACAAAAAGAAACGCAAUGGGACAGAAAAUUUCAAAGAUGACAUAGACAAAGACCUGGACGAGCUUUCUGAAGAAGAAUGGUUCCAAACAGGGGUCGACUUUGUUUUGUCACUGGAACGGCCAUGCCUGUCGCAUAUAUCAAGCGCACAACCCUCGGGCCAUGCCGUGUCAAUGCAAGGCACACUGCUACAACUUGCGCCCCCAACCCUCGAUAGUGAUUCGCGAUGGCAGGUUUCUGCGGAAGUCUUUCAAAAACUGUUCGAGAUGGCAGACAAGCUUGACUUGAACGGGUACAUUACGCCCGUCCAAGCGUGGAACAGGAUAAGGGACCAUGAGAACUUUCCACGAUUGACACGUGAGAGGUUGAAAGCACUGGAGAAUUCCAUGAGGAUUCAUAUCAAGUGUCGGGGGUGA